CGGACAAUUUCCGCUGGGGCUUUGUGUCGGGAUGUCUUGAGCCAACCGAUAUCAAGGGUCCUGACGAAUUAGGAUUUCACUUAAAUUUUGUAGCAUGAAUGUAUGCACUGAAUAACACCAAUUGGGUAUCAAAAGGCGGGCGGACGCCAUGAGCAGCAUGCCGUCGCGCGGUGGCGGGCCGCCGGCCGUCUCCGCCGAGCCCCUCGACGACCCUGGCCUCAUGUUCCGCCGCCUGGAGCAGGCCGACACGGACGAGGCCCAGCAGAUCAAGGAGCUCUUCCGCGAGAACCUGCGCGGUCUGAGCGGGGAGGCCUGGCUGCUCAACGGCUUGAUAGACUAUUACGUCUGCACGGGCUCGGCACGCUGCCUGGAGAUCCUACUGUCGUGCGGCGACGGCAACUCGCGCGCCCUCAUCGACAGACUGCACCAACUGCUUAAGUCGACGGACCAGCGGGGGGCUGGCCUCCGCCUGCUGGGAUACUACGUCCGCAAACAUCCCGUCUGGCUCCGCAAAAUCGUCACUCAGUCCAGUCCGAGCAUCGUCAAGGAUCUGUUUCGCAUUAUCAAAUCGGAGUGUGAGGUGCAGUGCAUCAUCUCAGCGGCGCUCGUGCUCACCACGCUGAUGCCCAUGUUUCCUGUCGCGCUGAUCGAAUUCAUCCAGGACCUCUUCCAAGUGCUCAGCCGGCUGACCCAGAUGGUGUCCACGCCGUCGGCCCAUCUGGGGCAGACGUUCCGCCUGCACCUGCACGUGGCCACCUACUCCUACUUCGUGCGCAUCUACGCCAUGUACCCGUGCAACCUGCUCAGCUUCCUGCGCCAGCAUUACGGCCAGCGCGACAACCUGCCGCUCUUCAACCGCACCAUACGGCCGCUGCUGGACCACGUGCGCAUGCAUCCGCUGCUGGUGACGGGCUCCAACUCGACCGAGACGUCGGCGCACCGCUGGCAGCGCAAGGAGACGCACGACAUCGUGGCCGAGUGCGCGCACUUCUCGAUGGACAUUCUGGAGGCGUCCACCAUGGACAACCUGAGCGGCCCGCUCUGGGGCAUGCUGGCCGCCGACAACACGGACGCGCUGGGCAGCACGGACGUGGGCCUGGACAUGGGCCUGGGUCAGGAGGCGUUCGGCAUACACGACAUCCUGUGGUCGCCGGCGACGUUCUACAGUGUGCCGCGGCUGCCGGCGCCGGCCGAGGCGGACGGCGCCGGCGCCCAGUGCGAGACGGCCGUGGAGGCGACGCCGGACGGCACGCCGGCACCCACACCCACCGUCACGCCGCAGCGGGACUUGGAAAACCCGCCGCUGGUGCGGCAGCCGUCCGGGCCCCUGCAGGCGUCGCGUGCACUGAGCGCGCUGGUGGGCUCGAAGCCUCGUGCCGACUCCAUCCCGUCCUCGCCGCUGAAGAAGGCGACCGGCUCCUUCAGGUUCGGCGACAGUGAGCUGGCGCACGCAUUCUCCAGCCGCCUAGGUCAGGUACUGCACGAGAGGGCCGACUCCGGAGGCGGCGACGGCGAGCAACGGCGCGCUGCGGACGACUCGCCGGCGGCCGGCCAGCCCGGCUCCGCGCUCAGUGGCCUGCGCGACCGGCGCACCUCCGGCAAACUCAGCCCCAUCAAACUCAAACUGGGCGUGGUGUCGCCGGUGCAGUUCUCGGAGGGCGCGCCGCCGGUGACGCGGCCCGUGCCCCGCGCCUCGGACGCCAGCGGGCAGCUGUGGCGUGGCCCGCCGGCCGGCGGCGGCGGCGGCCCGCCGACGCCCGGACACUGCUCUUCACUGUGGCACGAGGUGUCGGACCACUCGGCCGAGGACCUGGAGAGUCGCUUCGACUUCGACCUGGUGCGCCACAUGACGCGCUACUACAGCCAGCACGCCUUCCCGUCGCCGCACCAGCUGCUGAAGGAGCACGUCACGCACGUGGGGCCCAACGCCCGCCUCAUGCACGAGCUGCUGCAGUACGAGCGGUACAAACGCGAGGUGCACGCCCACAGAAACCGACGCCUGUUCGACCGCACGCGCGCCACCCGCCGCCUCGAGGAGGAGAACCGCGAGCUGAAGAAACAGGUGCAGGUGAUGUCUGUAGACGUGGCCGAGUGCCACCGCCAGCUGCAGCUGGAGCGCGACCGCCAGGCGGAGGAGACACGCCGCCAGCUGCUGGAUACUGGCCGCCAGCUGGCCUGCGCCCAGCAGAAGGCCGUCCGCAAAGCCGAGCUCGAGGUGGGCGUCCGAGCCGCCGCCGUGGGGCGGUUAACUGGCGCCGAUGCGGUGGCGGGCACUGGGUCGGGGAAGGCGUGA